UUUACUUUUUCUCUCCUUCUUUCUCCAAGAUUAUAAAAAUACAGAUGAUCGAUCUCAAAAAGAUUAACGAACGGAUAACGCGAUCCAAAUGGAUCAAAAUAUAUCUCGCACUUGUUGUGAUUCAGGGGGUCCUGAUUAUCGCCUUAGAAUCUGCUCUUGCCAGUCAAAAUUUAGCACAAGCUCGUAUCUUGCCAACUUUUCCGCCUGGACAGCGAGAACAGGAACCACUGGACGGUAUUGCUAGACAGGUGAACCAUGUCAGAAUACGGUUAAAUCGAGCUAAAUGGGAGAAUAUCGCAUUUGUCGCCAUACAAAUAUGGUUUGUCGUUAUGGCGUUUGACGCUACUAUAUACCAAAAUGCAUCCGAAGUCAUAGCGCUUGCGGUCAUUAAUUUGGUCUGUGCAGCUUUAGGCGGUCUGCAAGUUAUACAGGCCGGACACCGGAUAAAAACAAUUCAGGGGAUCAACCAGGAUUUCGACCUGAAUAUCAAUGUAUACUCAAUACGGACAGUCUACUAUAUGACGAUCGUCGCAACGGCAUGCUUGACCCUAUUUGCAUUUAUAUUUUUAUAUUUAUCGAUUUUGGUCGUACGUGAAAUUGGUUGGGUGACCUAUAAAAAGAUCGGUCCGGAUGUUGGUAUACAAAAAAUGUACACCGUCUUCCAGCUAUUUGUAUUAGCACUCAAGAUCGAUGUAUUUGUCGAAUUCUUGGUGUCAUGCUUUUACGUCACGCAGUUUGCUACGGAAAGCGGGUUCGAAUGGGAGACAUGGGUCGAGCUGUGUAUCACUGUUUCGAUGUUGCCAAUGCUAUACUUUGCACGGAUAGCUGUCGCUGCAGAAAAACGGUGGCAAAUGAUCAUAUUUAUUCUUUUCCAGCUUCUCGUCGUAGCCGUAUUUACUCUAAUGAUCUUCCAGACAAUGGAGCCCGGUAACUUUUGGUACACAUAUAUUGUUGCUAUCGGCUUGGUGUUUGCAGUGGUCACACCUAUGCUUGGAUGUUGGACAAUGUAUAAUUUCAACAAAGGACUCGCUCCAUAUAUUCAACGUGGUAAAAAGAAGAAAGAAUACCCGACAAAACAACAAGAACUCCAUGAGCAAAGCCCACUCCAGUCAUCAUGGCAAAUUGACGACGAUUGAGUUCUUACAAACUUUUCAUAGCUACAUAUACCCUUCCCAAACUUUGUCAUUAUCAUCUUGUCUGCCUUUUGAAGACUCUUGUCAAUAAUCCUAUUCUGCGUGACAUCGUAUUCUUUUUUAGUUUGGAUGGGAAGGUCUUUCGUACGGAGUAUUAUACGCUGUAAGCAACUUCGAAAGAUUGUGCAUUAGUACUGUACGAAACUCAAAGCCUAGGAGAAGCCAAGCUUUUAUAGCAUGCCUUUUAAACGAGAUAGCCAUGUCUCUAUGUUGACAAUGUACCGAAUUUAAUAGAUUGAAAUAUUGCUUACAUGGCGACAAUCGGUUAUUUUGUGCAAGCUCUCUUCGAUAUUAUACACGCUAGAUGAUUAUUUAUAGCAGUUAGAAACAUCCUCAUAAUAUAUAAUAUAUCACUGUUUUUAGUGAUCCAAUUGAAAUAUCUAAUAUAUAUUAAAA